GGAAGGAAGGAAAGGGUCAACAAGUCAAAGGCAAGGCAAGGGAAGGGAAGGGAAGGGAAGCCAGCGCAUCUCCCUCCACCAGCCGCCACCGGCAUCUCCACCGGCACCGGCACCGGGCAGGCGGACAGAUCCAUUCAUUCAUUCCCCUUCCCCUCGACCGGAAUCGGAAUUGGAUCAAAGAGAAGAAGCAAGAUCCAAGUGCUCUGCUCUGCUCUGCUGCCGGCCGGCCAAGAUCCAACCUUGUACCAGGAGAGCGUCGUCGGAAGGGAAGGGAAGGGAGGAUGCUGCGGCGGCACAAGGGAAGGGAAUCGGCGUCGUCGUCGGAUUCCACCUUCUACCAGCUGCGCCCCGACUGCGCCCACAACGUCCCCGACACCAAGUUCAAGAUCAAGAUUGGCAAGACGCUGAGCGUACGCAAAUGGCACGCCGCCUUCACGCACCACGGAUCCCUCCACAUCGCCUCUGUUCUAAACCGGAUUCAGAGCGGGGGUGUGCACCCCGCAAUCAGGGGAGAGGUCUGGGAGUUCCUGCUCGGCUGCUUCGAUCCCGAGAGCACAUUCGAUGACCGCGACCACAUCAGGCAAGCAAGAAGGAUACAGUAUGCUAGAUGGAAGGAACAAUGCAAACACAUGGAUCCUCACGUCGGCAGCGGCAAAAUCAUCACCGCCCCCAUCAUAACUGAGGAUGGCGUGCCUAUCAAGGACCCUUUGGUUUUACUUGAAGCCGCCACUCCAGACCAGCAAGCUAGUUCGAUCACCACCAAGAAUGGAGAUGACGCCGACCACCGCCUGACGGAUAAACAGACUAUCGAAUGGAAGCUUACGCUGCACCAAAUCGGUCUUGAUGUUCUUCGCACUGACCGCUCCAUGGUCUUCUACGAGAAGAAAGAAAAUCUAUCCAAGUUAUGGGAUAUUCUAGCUGUCUACGCGUGGAUCGACAAAGAAGUUGGGUAUUGCCAAGGAAUGAGUGAUUUAUGCUCACCGAUGAUAGUGCUACUCAAUGAUGAAGCAGACGCGUUUUGGUGCUUUGAGAGACUCAUGCGUAGACUGCGGGGGAAUUUCAGAUGCACACAGCAAUCCGUUGGGGUUGAGAACCAGCUUCAGCACCUUGCCUCUAUCAUUCAGGUGCUGGACCCAAAGUUACAUGACCACCUCGAAACACUUGGCGGAGGCGACUAUCUCUUUGCGUUCCGCAUGUUCAUGGUAUUGUUUCGCCGUGAACUGUCAUUUGGGGACUCCUUGUACCUUUGGGAGAUGAUGUGGGCUCUAGAAUAUGACCCUGACAUGUUCUCCACAUAUGAAGAGAGCGGGCCUGCAACUGACAGAAGUGCUCAAGGAUAUAAACCAAGAGUAAAAUCAACCCGUCAGUUUGGCAAGUACGAGAGGGCGAAUAUGAAGAGUGCUACUAACGGUGUUGAUGGGCCUGUCCCUAUUUCUGUUUUCCUGGUUGCUAGUGUAUUGAAAGAGAACAGUCAGAAGCUGUUGCAAGAAGCCCGGGGAUUAGAUGACAUUAUUAGGAUAUUGAACAAUGUUAAUGGGAACUUGGAUGCAAAGAAGGCUUGCGCUGGUGCACUGAAGCUUCACGCCAAGUACCUUAGAAAGGUAACGAGCUCCUUUCACAGAAACCUUAGAAAACCUUAGAAAGGUGAUUGAAUUGUUGUUGUUGUUGUUGUGUUAGCAGAUGCAGGGAAAGAAAGCCUAACAUAGCACAGACACCGACACUUCCCCUGGACACGGACACGGUCUCACAAUUGUACCACCUGGACACGGACUCAAAAUUGUAUGUAAAUUUGGAUGCAGAGCUUUGUUGUUUGGAAACGUUGAAGUUUCAGAUAUGCGCCAGCCAACCAACCAACCAACCAACCGGUAAAAUGUGCAUAAGCAAGUCAAGUGUAUUUUUCUUGGUUUUCCAAGUGUAAGAAAGAUUCUUUAUUUUUGCUCAAAAGAAGAGUUCAUUUUAAUGUGUAAUUAAUUAUGUCAUUGUUAUCAAAGGAAAAAAGGGAAAGGGGUAAUUAAAGGAAAACAUAUGUUUUUA